AUGACAGGCCGGGACGCGUUUUUCGACGGGCGUGCCAGGAGUAAGGCGCUGGUGCCUGGAGGGCCCCCCGCCGGCUCGCGCCCACGGGGCUUCGCCAUCACCGACUUGCUGGACCUGGAGGCAGAGCUGCCCGCACCUGCGGGUCCCGGGCUGGGAUCGGACUGCGAAGGCCCGGCGGCCGCGCCCUGCGGGGGUCCAGGGCUCGGGGGCUCUUGCCUGGCGCGCGGGGCCCUCCCGUUAGGGCUCGGCAUCCUCUGCGGCUUCGGGGCGCAGCCGCCUGCGGCCGCCAGGGCGCCCUGCCUGCUCCUCGCCGACGUGCCGUUCCUGCCGCCCGAGGGGACUAAGCCCCCGGCACCGCAAGCCCCCGGCUGCCCGCCGCCCCCUGCCGCCCGCCAGAAGCGCAGCGAGAGCGUCUCGACGUCCGAUGAGGACAGUCCAGCUGAAGAUAGGAGUGACCUGAGGGCGUCCCCCGUCCCCGGCAAGAGGAAGAAGCGGAGACACAGGACCGUUUUCACUGCCCACCAGCUAGAAGAGCUGGAGAAGGCCUUCGGCGAGGCCCACUAUCCUGACGUGCACGCCCGGGAAACGCUGGCCGUGAAAACUGAACUCCCCGAAGACCGAAUACAGGUCUGGUUCCAGAACCGCAGGGCCAAGUGGCGGAAGCGGGAGAAGCGCUGGGGCGGCAGCAGCGCGAUGGCGGAGUACGGGCUGUACGGCGCGAUGGUGCGGCACUGCCUCCCGCGGCCCGACGGCGUGCGCGGCCCCGCGGCCCCGGGCGCGCCCUGGCUCCUGGGGAUGUAUAAAAAAUCCACAGGGAUGAAAAGGAAAGCAGAAGGUGAAGAAAAGCUGGCAGGACCAUGGGGCCGUGACCAUGCUGACCGUCUCAAGGAAGGUUCUGGCCCAGGUCAGGCAGGACCCCAGAGGGGCUCGGAGGGAGGCAGCCCUGAGAGUGGCCUGCAAGACGUGGCCAUUGACCUGUCCGGCUCCGCCCGGCAGGAGACCAAGGAAGCACAGCAGGGGGCCAGUGGCCAAGGAUGUUCAGACUCCGAGGGGCCAGAGGGGCUCCAGCUGGGGAAGAGGGGGCCCUAGCGAGGCCACAGAUCCCCCUCAGAGGCUGGACACGGGCACCUGCCUCACCCGUUUUGUCCAAAAGACAAAUACUCUUCUUACGCU